AUGACGUGCAUGAGAGAUCUUUCGCAGGAUUUGGUAGUGGAGAUCUUGUCUAGGCUUCCGAAAACUUGUCUUGGAGCAGUGAGAUGUACUUGCAAAGAAUGGAACGCUUUAUCCAGAGAUCGUAUUCUAUGUACAGUACAAGCAAACCAGCAGUUUCUGGGGUUCAUGAUCGUGGAGCAUAGGCUUUGUUCAAUGAGGUUCGAUCUCCAUGGAAUCCUCAACGAAGAUGGUGAAGACUUGGUUAGUAUAUCAAUGUAUCAAGUGGAGAUAUCCGUCUUUUACUGCGCCGGCUUAUUGUUAUGUGUCUCAAAGGAUAUGUCAACGCUCGUGGUUUGGAACCCAUAUUUAGGACAAACCAGAUGGAUCAAGACCACUAAAACCACACAAAGAAAAACAAUGUUUGUUCUUGGAUAUGACAAAAACAAAAACCACAAAAUAUUGAGUUUUUAUGAAGAUAACCAGGGCUACUGCGAUAUUUACGAUUUUAAGACUGAUUCAUGGAGGAGUUUAACUUUUAUUCCCAACAACUGGAAUAUAAUCUGUCACUGGCAGGGACCGAGGGGUUUUUCUGUAAAUGGAAAUACUUAUUUCUGCACACAAGAAAGAAAAGAAGAUGAAGAUUCAGACUACGAUGAUGGAACCGCUGAUUGCUUAAUCUGUUUUGAUUUUACAGAAGAGAGAUUUGGAAAGUUUCUUGAUCUACCGUUUCGGCUUGAUGUUUCUGAUUUUGUAUCUUGUGUUAAAGAAGAGAAACUCGCUGCGGUAUACCUAGACUAUGGUGAUAUUGAUACAAGUGGAAUAAUAGAGAUAUGGGUUACUAGUAAGAUAGAGCCCAAUGCAGUGUCGUGGAUCCCCUUCUUCAAAGUUGAUAUUGAGCCACUCGCUGGUCCUGAACUAUUCGAUUUUGAUGGAGAUUACGACAGUUUCUUCAUUGACGAAGAGAAGAAACUCGCUGUGGUUUUUACUUCAGACGGCGACACCUACGCAGAGCCACUCUACAAAAAAGCUUACAUCAUCGGAGAAGAUAGUUACUUUAAAAAAGUGGAUAUUGGAGAAGUUAAAGCAUAUAGUAGCUUUGUGUGUUCAAGCUCUUAUGUUCCAAGUUUAGUGCAAAUCAACCAAACUGCGGUACCCAAAAGCAGAGAGAUCAAGAAGAAGAAGAGGAAGAGGAAUUGAGCAAACACAAAGAGAAGCAGAGCAAGGUGGUCUAACUAAUGUUGACGACGUGCACGUGCUGUGCUAUCUCUUUAAUUAAUUUAUAGCUUCUUUCACGAUGCAACAAAUCAGCUUUAGAACCAUUUCACUUGCACUCAUUUCUUCUUUAUCCCCCCCAAUAAAUACAAAUUUCUCAAAACAAAACAACAUCCUCAGACUCUCUUUUUUUGUGUGUUUGUUCGUUUGGGUAGCGCCUUUAUGUAGGUGGGCUAAAAGAAUUAAGAAAAAAAAAA